AUGUGGCCCAGAAACAGCCGAGAACGUGAUUUCGAGAAGUACCACCACCACAUCCAGGAUCGCGCGUCAAUCUUCUACAAGCUGGGCGAGACGGGGCUCAUCUCCUUCAGCGAUUACUUGUUCCUGAAGACCCUACUCUCCACGUCGCCAAAAGAUUUCGCGCUGGCCUUCAGCAUCUUUGACAUCAACGGAGAUGGGGCCCUCGACCGCGACGAGUUCUAUAAAAUCAAGAACCUGGUGAUGUCGCAGUCGUCAAUUGGCCUCCGCGAAAUGACGCCCGGCAUCUCUUCACACCAUCGUCAUCUCCAGCCCAAUUCCGCACUCGAGACGUACUUCUUCGGCCCCCACGGCACCCACAAGCUCUCCGCCGACAAGUUCUUGCAAUUCCAGGCCGAUCUGCACCGCGACAUCCUGAAAAUGGAAUUCGAGCGUCGCGAUUGUCUCGACGGCGAGGAUGGGAUAAUUUCUGAGCUGAGCUUUGCGCAGCUUCUCCUCCUGCAUGCAAAUAUUGAUGAGAAGAAGAUGAAGGGAAUGCUGAAGAGGGUACGCAAGAAAUAUCAAAAUGGACCCGGCAUCACGUUCGAGGAGGUGGUGUCCUUGUUCGCGUUGUUGUACCACAUCGAAGAGGUGGACAUGGCCCUCCAUUUCCAUCGAAUGGCCGGCGUCCCCAUUGAUGCAAACAUGUUGCAGCACGUCGCCAGGAAGGUGACGAACGUGGAAUUGACUGAGCAUGUCGUCGACGUCGUCAUCACGCUUUUCGACGAGAAUAUGGACGGCAAGCUGUCGAAUCGUGAAUUCGUGGCCGUGAUGCGGAGGCGGAUGCGCAGAGGGCUCGAGCAUCCCAGGGACACUGGCGUGUUCCGUCUGGCCGAGGCCGUCGUGGAAUGCAGUCGACGGGCCAUCUUCGACGCUCCACUUCCGCUCUACCAAUUGAGGCAC